AUGCCAGCAAAGCCAACUACACCAUCGUCUUCAGCAUCGUCGAAAUCGCCAUCGCCAGGGGUGCAACGUCCAUCGCUCGUGAAGAAGUUGACGGCUUUGGCCCAGACUCAGCAAUUUUACUGGUUCUUGGGACACUUGUUCGGUAUCCUAUUCUCCGUCUUGAGUUUAGUCACGGGCGUCUUUUAUAAAAACACAUCGUUAAAGUAUUUCCGAUUUGCCCUAUUAUCGAUCAUCAGUACCUAUUUCAUCAUCAUAAGACAAGUGUAUUUCAAAAAUGGGUUGAAAGAGAUUAUAGUGCCCCGAUUAGCCAGAGACGAAAAUGUCCAGUAUGUGGUCUUGGCCUUGGUUUUGUUGACUUCGACUUUUGUCACUGGCGACCAAGUUGCCGCUGGGUUGUACUCGUAUGAUAUCUUUGCAGUGUUCCAUGUGCUCAACUAUUUCCGGAACCAUUUGCUUGAAGUUUUGAUCCCAUCUUUGCAAGCACAGCAAAAGAUUAGUUCGCAGAUUAACGCUUUCACUCAACGUUUCAACCAGCCUGCAUUAUACGUUGCCUCAGCUAUUGAAGUUUCCUUGGUGGUGACGUCGGGAUUUGAGUUGAUCAUUCUCCCAUUUGCGGUUCUCUUGAGAUGGAGAAGCAUAAGCUACGCCGUGGCCAAACUUGUGGUUUUCUUGUCGGUGGUGGUGUUUAAUAAAUUGAGGUACGAUGGCAGUCAGUACACUAGAGCUAUCGUCAGUGAGUUGGACAAGAAUCAAGUUAAUUUCGUAACAAGAUUAAACAACCCCAAAGUUACUCAAUUGUACAACAACGUCAAGGGCCAAAUUGUCCACAUUUUGAAAUCGAUUCAAUUGCCUAAAGACGUCAAGAAGACUCAAUAA